CUUUGCUUCACCCCGACUUUCUUUCCUCCACUUGCUACUAUGGGACGUCGCGCGAAAACAAAGCAAGCACCUCCGGAGCCAUUGGCUGAACCUCGAGACUCUGCCAAACCGUCCGGCAGAAGGGCAGGAAAACGCAAGGCCGACCCGGAGCCUGAGGAGGGCAAGCGACCUACGAAGAAGGUCAAGGAGACGUCCCCAAAGAAGAAGGGAGAAAGCAAGGGAGUCCAAGAUGUCACAAAGACUAGGGGAAAGAAGGGUCAGCAAAGUCUUGCCACGAGCUGGGAUGAUGCGGACGCAGAAGGGAGCAGUGGAGGAUGGGAUGACAUGGAGGAUGAUGAAGACGUGAAGGCACAUGCACAGUCAUUAUUUCAUGGCAGUGAUGAGGAAGAUAUGGACGAAAUUGUCGAUGAUAAGUUUGAGGUAGACGGAGCCGAUGAUAUCCUCCGUGGACCAACACAAGAGCUGGAUCUUGGUUCCGAUUCUGACGACGAACCUAUACCCGCAAAUAUCAAGACCAAGAAAUCCAAACAGGCAGACCGCCCACUCAAAAUUAUCCCGACUGGCUCUGACGCCUCUAACUCUGACUCUGACGAGGAUGAUGAAGACGAAGACGGGCCCGUUACUCUUGCUAAUAUGGAGGCACGCUCAAAAGCUUUGGAUGACAAAGCUGCUGCAGAGGCUGAACUCGAUGCGGAGGAGUUACGCCUGGCUGCUGAAGGAGGUGAUGAUGACGAGUUCGAGGGCAUGGACGACAUGGACGAUGAUGAGGACGAGGGUGAGCCAGGCGCUGCUGGGGAAGAGUUUGUCUUACCCUCUGUCCAGGAGAGGGAGGAGGAGAAGAAAAAUGGUGGGCCAGAGCUUCAUGUCGUUCAGAGGCGUAUGCGAGAAUGUGUGAGGGUGCUCGGUAAAUGGAAGAAGUUGGGCGAAAAGUCUGGACGACCGCGCUCGGAGUACAUUGACCAGCUGGUGUCGGACAUCGCCAGUUAUUAUGGUUAUAACGAUUUCCUAGCGGAGAAACUGUUCCAGUUGUUCCCCAUUGCUGAGGCUAUCGAGUUCUUCGAGGCUAACGAAGUUCCUCGGCCUGUAACAAUUCGGACAAAUACUCUCCGUACAAGGCGGAGAGACCUCGCACAGGCUCUCAUCAACCGUGGCGUCAACCUCGAACCCAUCGGAAAGUGGACCAACGUUGGUCUGCAAGUAUUCGAGAGUAGUGUACCAAUAGGUGCCACACCUGAAUAUCUCGCUGGUCAUUACAUGCUCCAAGCUGCAUCUUCUUUCCUUCCCGUCAUCGCCCUCUCUCCUCAACCACAGGAACGUGUCCUGGACAUGGCUUCUGCUCCUGGUGGAAAAACCACGCACAUCGCCGCGCUUCUUCAAAAUACCGGCGUUGUCUUUGCAAACGACGCAAACAAGGCCAGGACGAAGAGUCUGACUGCGAAUGUGCACCGCUUAGGUUGCAAGAACGUCGUGGUCUGCUCGUACGACGGACGUGAGUUCCCCAAGGUGAUGGGUGGGUUUGAUAGGGUGUUGCUAGAUGCACCGUGUAGUGGUACCGGUGUUAUCAGCAAGGACUCUAGUGUCAAGGUCAACAAAUCUGACCGCGACUUCGCCCUCCUGUCACAUCUCCAAAAGCAACUCAUCCUCUGCGCCAUCGACAGCGUCAACCCGAACUCCAAAACCGGAGGCUACAUUGUGUACUCCACAUGUUCCGUCACCGUGGACGAGAAUGAGGCAGUCGUGGACUACGCUCUGCGCAAACGGCCGAACGUCAAACUCGUCGACACUGGGCUCGAGUUCGGAAAACCAGGAUACGCAAGAUACCGCGGAAAGACGUUCGACGAGAGCGUCAAGCUGACCAGAAGGUUCUAUCCCCAUGUCCAUAACAUGGACGGCUUCUUCGUGGCUAAAUUCAAAGUCGAGAAGAGGGUGAAGACGAAGAAGGACGAGGGUGAGGAGAAGGAGGUGAAGAGUGUGGCGAUGGAUGUGGAUGAAGUGCAGGAGGACGUCAAGUUCGAUGAAGAGGCGGACAAGCCCUACCUCGAGGAGGCAAAGCGGAGACGGAUGAAGGCAAAGGGUCUGCGUCCUCCCCCUCGGAAUCGUCCUUCUACCGCGUCGACGACCGUUGCAGCAACGGCAUAACGCACCAAAAUGUUUACUUCCUAUGUUCUCUCUCUGUCCUUUCACGUAUUGGAUGUUUGGACGUUCACGUUCAGGUGCACGUUCCGUUGUGACACUAUGCGGCAUUCUCCCCCCGUGAUUGCUGAUCCUUUGUUGGCUCAUCCGCUUCGCGAAUCAUCGUCCUCAUCCGGUUCCUCACCAAGACAGCAGUGCUCUCG